AUGCCCGCCACGACCGAAUCACGUCCACCUCCCUCCUACAACAUCGCCGUCGUCGGCUCAGGCCUCGGCGGCCUCUCCGCCGCCAUCGCCCUCCGCCGCGCCGGCCACCGCGUCACCAUCUACGAGCGGUACGACUUUGGCGGAGAGGUCGGCGCGUCACUGUCGCUCGCCUCCAACGGCUCGCGCUUCCUGCAGGAAUGGCAAGUGGACAUACCCUCGGCCAAGCCCGUCGUCCUGCGGAGCCUCAUCAUGCACGACUGGUCCUCGGGCAAAGUGUCCGCCCAGUAUCCACUGGGAGACUACCGUGAGCGCUUCGGCACGGAUUACAACAAUUUCCACCGCAUCGAUCUCCAUAAGCACCUAAAAGAAGUGGCGACGGCCGAAGCGGGCCAGGGCCCUCCGGCCCAGCUUAGAGUCUGGCACAAGGCAGUCAGGCUGGACCCUGGCGAGGGAAGGAUAGCUUUCGAAAACGGCGCCGAGGCUGUCCAUGAUGUUGUCGUCUGUGCGGAUGGAAUCCGAAGCCAGAUGAGAGAGCAGCUCGGCAUCAGCCCUCAAGUCACGCCAUCCACCUCUUGUUGCUACCGGUGCAUCAUCAGCACCGCCAAGCUCCGCGAGCUGGGCCUGCAAGAGUUCGUCGACAACAGUGCCAUUGAGUUCUGGGGCGGCAAGGGCAUCAACAAGAUCGUCAUGAGUCCAUGCUCCAACCACGAGGUCGUUAGCUGCUAUUGCUUCUACCCGGCCGAGAUUAACAAUCUCAAGGAGGACGGCUGGAAUAUCUCGACCACGGGCGAGAACCUGGCGGCAACGUUCCCCGACCUGGACGAGAGGCUCCGGCUCCUGUUUCUCAACGCAGAGGAUAUCAAGAUGUGGCGCCUUUACAACCAUGAGCCCUACCCGUACUGGGUGAGCGGAAGCUGCUGCCUCCUAGGGGACGCAGCCCAUCCCAUGAUGCCCGAUCAGUCUCAAGGAGCAUGCAUGGCUCUCGAAGAUGCUGGAGCGCUCGGCAUCCUCUUCUCAGCCAAGUACGCUCAUCUGUCGAUAGCGGAGAGGCUUCAGCUGUAUGAACUGGAGCGCAAGCCGCGAGCCACGCGAGUGCAAGAGGCCAGCCGGAGAGCAAGGACAGACAUUACAGAGCGCAUUGGCUGGAGCAGCGCCAACGACCGGCCGGGGCAGCUGACCAUUGAAGAGGUGUGUGGGUACGAUAUGCAUUCUCACGUGGCCGAGCUGGUGGAGAGAUUCCGGAUCCCGGUCCUCGGAUCCACGGCCAGAAGCGAGAAGCAACAGCCGUGA